UUUAAAUUUUGAGGAGGGAACUGUAUUUUAAAAACCCGGAACGCGACUGGGCUAGUUUUGAGUAGCAAUGUGGAGGGUUUAGUUAUGAAAACCUGGCAACCCUGAGCUCCACUGUCAUGGCGGAGACGGAUCGCUGUAGGAGCUGAUUCAGGAAGAGAUGGCGCUGUAAAGUCGGUUACCCCUGAAACUUCACUCCAGCAGUUCCCACAGCGAACGAGAGGAUUGUCUUCUCCUCGGAGGGAUCCCCAAACGCCAAUGUUGGAUGCUCCUUGCCUUAUAUUUUGUAGUUUUUUGCGGCUUAUCGGUGCGACUCACGUUAACGUUAACGUUACCUGCGCGGAAUCUCUUCAUCACCGCUGUUUCCUGUUUGACACUCGCGAACACUUCAAUGACGUUUUUGUUUAAAUGUGUUUCCUUUAUUAAUCCGGUGGAGAUCGACAAUCAGUGUGUUUCGUAUCUAGGCUCACCACAGCGCGGUUUUCUCUUCCUUCUGACAAGUUUAUAGCUGAUUUGUUUUAUCCACAGUACGUUAGAAUAAUUCCUGUCAGUCAGGUGUAGUGACAUCAACCGCCAAAAUUAACGGACAAACUGGCCGUGAAUGGACGCCUGGACCUGUUCUUCGCCUCUGUCAACUAAACGUUAACGCUCAUAUUUUCUGUACGUUUCCCGGUAACGUUAGUUUAACUCGGCUGUAGGGUCAAACAGGUGUCACACCUGUUCCCCUUCACCUGACUCCGUCAUGGCGAGCGCAGGUGACAGCGCUGUCGGGAUUCCCAUCCGAGGAAUCCGCAUGAAGUUCGCCGUUCUGGCGGGGCUCCUGGAGGCUGGAGAAGUCUCCAACCGGGACGUUGUGGAGACGAUCUUCAAUCUGCUGGUCGGUGGACAGUUUGAUCUGGAGAUGAACUUUAUCAUCCAGGAGACGGAGAGCAUCAUCUGCAUGGUGGAGCUGCUGGAUAAAUGUGACUCCACCUGUCAGGCGGAGGUGUGGAGUAUGUUCACCGCCGUCCUGAAGAAGAGCUUGAGAAACCUGCAAGCCUGCACAGAUAUCGGCCUCAUCCAGCUGGUGCUCCAGCGCAUAGACCGCGUCGACACCAUGAUCGCAGAUCUGAUGGUGGAAAUGCUGGGUGUGCUCGCCAGCUACAGCAUCACAGUGAAGGAGCUGAAGCUGUUCUUCAGUAAACUGAAAGGAGAACAAGGCCAAUGGCCUCCUCAUGCUGCGAAGCUGCUGUCUGUGCUGAAGUGCAUGGCUCAGAGAAAUGGCCCAGAUUCCUUUUUCAGCUUCCCAGGGAAGAGUGCUGCGGCUAUUGCACUUCCACCUAUCGCAAAGUGGCCGUACCAAAACGGCUUCACCUUCCACACCUGGCUGCGCUUGGACCCCAUCAAUAACAUAAACGUGGACAAAGACAAGCCUUAUCUGUACUGCUUCCGCACAAGCAAAGGUUUGGGCUAUUCUGCACACUUUGUGGGAGGAUGUCUGAUUGUCACCUCUCUAAAGUCCAAAGCCAAAGGCUUCCAGCACUGUGUGAAAUACGACUUCAAACCCCAGAAGUGGUAUAUGGUGACUAUAGUGUAUAUCUAUAAUCGCUGGAAGAACAGUGAAAUCAGUUGCUUUGUUAAUGGAGAGCUGGCAUCGUAUGGUGAGAUCACCUGGUUUGUCAACACGAGUGAUACAUUCGACAAGUGUUUUCUGGGCUCAUCAGAGACGGCAGACGCGAACCGUGUGUUCUGUGGUCAGAUGGGGGCAGUGUAUCUGUUCAGUGAAGCUCUCAGCGCUGCUCAGAUAUUAGCCAUCUAUCAUCUGGGACCUGGAUAUAAGGGCACUUUUAAGCACAGGGCAGAGAGUGACCUGCUGUUUGCAGAGCAUCAUAAGCUGCUGCUGUACGAUGGAAAGCUGUCUGCCAGCAUCGCCUUCGCCUAUAAUCCUCGAGCCACUGAUGCUCAGCUGUGUCUGGAGUCCUCUCCCAAGAACAAUGCCUCCAUCUUUGUGCACUCACCACACGCCCUCAUGCUGCAGGACGUCAAAGCUGUGGUGACACACGCGGUUCAGAGUGCCAUCCAUUCUAUAGGAGGAGUGCAGGUCCUUUUCCCCUUGUUUGCACAGCUGGAUUUCCUCCAGCACAGCGGUGACGAGUUGGACUCCUCUGUCUGUUGCACACUACUGUCAUUCGUGAUGGAGCUGUUGAAGGGCUCUGUAGCUAUGCAAGAGCAGGUGUUGGCCUGCAAGGGCUUUCUCGUCAUUGGUUACUCACUGGAGAAGUCCUCCAAAGUACACGUGACACGACCAGUGCUGGACAUUAUCCUUGCCUUCGCCCGUUAUCUUAGCAACCUUCCUACUGGAGUUUUGCUCUUGAAACAGCUGUGUGACCACAUCCUCUUCAACCCUACCAUCUGGAUUUAUGCCCCAGCUAAGGUGCAGCUGGCUCUCUACACUUACCUGGCCACAGAAUUCAUCAGCACCGUCAACAUUUAUAACGCGAUCCGCAGAGUUGGGACUGUACUGCAGGUCAUGCAUACUCUCAAGUAUUUCUACUGGGUUGUAAACCCACUGGACCGCAGUGGAAUCACGCCCAAGGGUCUCGAUGGACCAAGACCAAAUCAGAAGGAGGUUCUCUCUCUCCGAGCGUUCCUGCUGCUGUUUGUCAAACAACUUAUCAUGAAGGAUAACGGCGUAAAGGAAGACGAACUGCAGAGUAUUCUGAACUACCUGCUCACAAUGCAUGAGGAUGAUAAUCUGAUGGAUGUUCUUCAGCUUCUGGUAGCACUGAUGUCUGAGCAUCCCAUCUCAAUGGUUCAAGCCUUCGAUCAGCGCAAUGGAAUACGGGUCAUCUUUAAGCUGCUUGCAUCCAAAAGUGAAGGGAUCCGUGUGCAGGCACUCAAAGUCUUGGGCUACUUUCUCAAAUAUCUGUCACCAAAGACAAAGUCGGAGGUCAUGCUGGCUCACGGACUGUUCUCUCUGCUGACCGAACGAUUGAUGCUCCACUCGAACCAGUUCUCAGUCACAACGUACAACGUGCUCUUCGAGAUUCUUACGGAGCAGAUCUGUACUCUGGUCAUUCACAAACAGCACCCAGACCCCGACUCCACUGUGAAGAUUCAAAACCCACAGAUCCUAAAAGUGAUCGCUGCCCUCUUAAAGAACGCUCCUCCAGGAACAGAAACCAUGGAAGUACGGCGCAUCUUCCUCUCAGACAUGAUCAAACUCUUCAACAACAGCAGAGAGAACCGCAGGAGUCUGUUGCAGUGCUCUGUGUGGCAGGAGUGGAUGCUGUCUCUGUGCUUUAUAAACCCCAAGAACAGCGAGGAGCAGAAGAUCACAGAGAUGGUGUACGCCAUCUUUCGCAUCCUCCUUUAUCACGCCAUUAAGUAUGAGUGGGGCGGCUGGCGCGUGUGGGUGGACACACUCUCCAUCACACACUCCAAGGUCACCUAUGAGGAACACAAAGAGAGUCUGGCCCACAUGUUCGUUGAGUACCAGCGGAUGGGUUCUGAGGGAGGAUCUGAAAGCAGAAUCAGAACAAUAUCUGGCACCAGUCAUGAUGCUCAACUCCUCGCUUCAGCCAAUGGUGAGCUGAAUACAGAGGAGAAAGCACCAUCUACUGUAAUUGAGCUACGUGUGGAGGAGAAGGUCACCGAUCAGCCUGGAGACAGUGAGGAAACGAGGACCCAGAUCCCGGUCAUAAUGUCCAACAUUCUGGCAAGAGAUGAAGAAGAGAGAAUGACAGAAGCCUCAUCACCACAGAAAGGUGAUGAAGGUGGACAAGACACUACAAAAGAAGCAGGAAAGGAUAAUGAAGUGAAAACUUUGGAGGCUAACAUUGAUGGAGAGCUGGAAAGAGUUGAGGCUGACAUCACGAUGACUGAAGGUAGAGCUGAUUCAGACCGUACUCAGACUGAAGCUGUGAAGAUGUCAGAUGAAGAUGAUGGUAAAACAAGCACUGCUGGAGAUUCGUCUCUUGAAGCCAAAGUGGAAGAAACCUCUGAUGCUUCUCCUCAUCAAGAGACCAGCACAACUUUGGGCUCUGUCACGAAUGAAGAUAGCACCGAUGUUUCCUCAGUCAGCAACUUCGUAAAGACCAGCGAUGACAGCACAGAGGAGUCUUCUUUUGUUUCAGCCACAGCCGGAGAGACUGACGACAAUGGUUCUGAAAAGGAAGAUGAUGGAAAAGAGAAAGAAAAUAAUCUAGAAACCGAUAAAGAGGUGAAGCCACUGCAAAAUGAGAAAGUAGAGGAAACCGAGGAUGCAUCAGCUGCUAUGGAGGAGGUGGAUUUAAACCAAAGCACCUCCACCGAUGAGCCCAAGCUUCACACAGAGACGACCGCGUCUUCAGCUAGCCCUAGCACUGAAAGCAUCUCGCAGGAUGCAGGAAAUAACCAAGACACUCUGAAGAAAGCAGAGACCUUAGCAACUCAAACCAAAGAGAUUAAAAUAGCUAGACUGGAUGUGUCAAGUGUGGCCUCGGACACAGAGAGACUGGAGCUGAAGGACGCCUCGACAACAAACCUGAGCCCAAAUCAGCCAGCUGCCUCAAGUCCUUCAGCUCAGGGCAAUGAGGGCUCGUCUUCGGCCCGCUCCACCAUGUUCCGUAUCCCAGAGUUCAAGUGGUCUCAUAUGCACCAGCGUCUUUUGACCGACUUAUUGUUCUCCAUCGAGACCGAUGUGCAGAUGUGGAGAAGUCACUCCACUAAGACAGUUAUGGACUUUGUGAACAGCAGUGAGAACGUGAUGUUUGUGCACAACACCGUCCAUCUAGUCUCUCAGGUGGUGGACAACCUCAUCAUGUCCUGUGGAGGAAUCCUUCCUCUGCUGUCUGCAGCCACCUCUUCUACGCAUGAGCUGGAGAACAUCGAGUCGUCUCAGGGUUUGUCUGUGGAGGCGUCACUGAUGUUCAUGCAGAGGCUGAUCAAUCUCGUGGACGUGCUGAUCUUCGCCAGUUCACUCAGCUUCACUGAAAUUGAAGCCGAGAAGAACAUGUCUUCUGGAGGAAUCCUAAGACAAUGCCUGCGUCUGGUGUGUGCGAUGGCUGUGAGAAACUGUCUUGAAUGUCAGCAGCACACUUUGGGUAUGUCUGGUGCAGAGAGCAGCCGUGGACAGCAAAGCCUUCUGGGAGCCGCCAAGUCUAUACCAGGACAGAGUCCUGUGGACAUUGUGACAGGAGGGAUGUCUCCUAUCAGAGAUUUAGACCGGCUUCUGCAGGACAUGGACAUCAAUCGUCUCCGUGCUGUAGUGUUCAGAGACAUAGAGGACAGUAAACAGGCUCAGUUCCUGGCCCUGGCAGUGGUCUACUUCAUCUCUGUACUCAUGGUAUCCAAAUAUCGAGACAUCCUUGAGCCACACAAUGACAAAAGACACGUCCAGCGCUCGCAGUCUGUCAGGAGCACAGAGAGUGUUCAGUCUGAUCUUGAGAACAGUUUGUCUCAUCAUCGAGAAUCUAGUAUUGAGGAUGCGAAAACCAUACACAGUGAUAACGAGACUCGAACCGGCCCGGAUGCUGUAUCUGAAGCCCUGUUUACACUGUCCUCUGAAGUCAGGAGAGGUCAAGAGGUCGCUGAGAGAGACAGCAAAGGCAAAAAUGUCAAGGAUAUUCUGAGAAGUCUUGUUGGUGCUCGCUCUGAUGACCUUAUGGUGGACCCUAGCCUCAUACCGCCCGGGUUUCUGGGUGCAGUGGGCGAUGCUUCCCGUGACCAGUCAGUCCAGUUUCACUCCUUUGACAGGAGUGUUGUUGUGGCACCCAAGAAAAUGGGUGGGGUUCCCUCACCAGGAAUGAGUACAGUCUCCACCGGUGCAUCCAUCCCAUCAGCCACUGCUGCAUCCUCAGCUGAAUCUGCAGACAACAGCGUGGCAGUGGUGUCUGCAGGAGAAGCUGUUCAGGGCACAGAGUCCGCCCCAGGAGGAACCUCCACCAGCUCCAAUCUGCCAUCUGUCCCUGCUUUAUCCCCAGUGACCCAGAGCUCCGCCCCCAACAUGAGUAUCUCGGAGCGGUUGGAACAUGCUCUGGAGAAGGCAGCUCCUUUACUCCGAGAGAUUUUUGUGGAUUUCGCACCGUUUCUCUCUCGGACACUUCUGGGCAGUCACGGACAGGAGCUGCUCAUCGAGGGCACCAGUCUUGUGUGUCUGAAGUCCAGCAGUUCUGUGGUUGAACUGGUCAUGCUGCUGUGUUCUCAGGAGUGGCAGAAUUCAAUCCAGAAGAACGCGGGCCUGGCCUUCAUCGAGCUUGUGAACGAGGGCAGACUGCUGAGCCACACCAUGAAGGACCAUCUGGUGCGUGUCGCUAAUGAGGCCGAGUUCAUCCUGAGCCGCCAGAGAGCAGAGGACAUCCACAAGCACGCGGAGUUUGAGUCUCAAUGCGCUCAGUAUGCUGCUGAGAAACGUGAUGAGGAGAAGAUGUGCGAUCAUCUGAUCCGGGCCGCCAAGUACCGGGAUCACGUCACAUCCACUCAGCUCAUCCAGAAGAUUGUGAACAUCCUCACAGAUAAACACGGAGCCUGGGGCUGCUCCACUUUCAGACCGCGGGAGUUCUGGCGCCUGGACUAUUGGGAGGAUGACCUGAGGAGACGACGGCGCUUCAUCAGGAACCCGUUUGGUUCCACACACUCUGAGGCCACGCUCAAAGCUGCAGCAGAGCAUGCUCUAGAGGAGGACGUGCUGAAAGGCAAACAGUCCAUCAGGAGUUCAGUGCUGGGGAAUCCGAGCUCAGAGAGCGAGCUGCUCCUGGAGGACGACGACACUCUCUCAUCCCUGGAGGAGAAAGACUUGGAGAACCUCGCAGGGCCUGUUAACCUGAGCACCAGUGCACAGUUGGUUGCGCCCGCUGUAGUGGUAAAAGGCACGCUGUCCAUCACGGCCCUGGAGUUAUACUUUGAGGUGGAUGAAGAAGACCCAAGCUUUAACAUUGAUCCCAAGAUUGUGGCCUACACAGAGGGUCUGCAUGGGAAAUGGCAGUUCUCCGAGAUCAGGGCCGUUUUCUCUCGCCGCUAUCUGCUACAGAAUACAGCGCUGGAGGUCUUCAUGGCCAACAGAACGGCAGUCAUGUUCAACUUCCCAGAUGCAGCCACAGUGAAAAAGGUGGUGCACUGUCUCCCCAGAGUUGGGGUUGGCACGAAUUUCGGCCUUCCUCAGACCAGACGGAUUUCUCUGGCCAGUCCCAAACAGCUCUUCAAGGCCUCCAACGUGACCCAGCGCUGGCAAAGACGAGAGAUCUCCAACUUCGAGUACCUCAUGUUCCUCAACACCAUCUCUGGUCGUACGUUUAACGAUCUGAACCAGUACCCUGUGUUCCCCUGGGUGAUCACCAACUACGACAGCGAAGCUCUCGACCUCACGCUACCCAGCAACUACAGAGAUCUGUCCAAGCCCAUUGGUGCACUCAACCCAAAGAGGGCUGCAUUCUUCUCUGAACGCUUUGAAUCAUGGGAAGACGAGCAGGUGCCCAAAUUCCACUACGGCACGCACUAUUCCACCUCCAGCUUUACUCAGAUGUGGCUCCUGAGGAUUGAGCCUUUCACAACAUUCUUCCUGAAUUUCCAAGGUGGGAAAUUUGACCACGCAGAUCGCACUUUCUCCUCGGUGUCCAGAGCUUGGAGAAACUGCCAGAGGGACACUUCUGAUGUGAAGGAGCUGAUCCCUGAGUUCUAUUACCUCCCUGAGAUGUUUGUCAACUCCAAUAACUACAACCUGGGAGUGAUGGAUGAUGGGACGGUGGUGUCAGAUGUGGAGCUGCCCCCCUGGGCCAAGAGUCCUGAGGAGUUCGUUCGCAUCAACCGACUCGCUCUGGAGAGUGAGUUUGUGUCCUGUCAGCUGCAUCAGUGGAUCGAUCUGAUAUUCGGAUACAAGCAGCAGGGACCUGAGGCCGUCAGAGCUCUCAAUGUCUUCUAUUACCUGACUUAUGAAGGAGCGGUCAACCUCAGCUCCAUAUCUGACCCCAUGCUCAGAGAGGCUGUGGAGGCUCAAAUCAGAAGUUUUGGACAGACCCCCUGCCAGCUGCUGAUAGAGCCACACCCACCACGCAGCUCCGCCAUGCAGGUGACUCCACUGAUGUUCACAGAGCAGAUGCAGCAGGACGUCAUCAUGGUGCUCAAGUUCCCGUCCAACUCUCCUGUCACCCAUGUGUCCGCCAACACACAGCCAGGCCUGACCAACCCAGCGGUCAUCACGGUCACUGCCAACCGCCUCUUCGCCGUCAACAAGUGGCACGGCCUCAGUGGUCAUCAGAGCGCUUCUGUGCAAGACCAGCAGUACCAGUUACCAGUUGAGAUUGACCCUGUGAUAGCCAAUAAUGUGGGUCUUCACAGAAGACAGAUCUCAGAUCUGUUAGAUCAGAGCAUCCAGGUAAAUGCUCAGUGUUUUACCAUCACAGCUGACAACCGCUUCAUCCUGCUGUGUGGCUUCUGGGACAAGAGCUUCCGCGUCUAUUCCACUGAUACAGGGAAACUCACACAGAUUGUGUUCGGUCAUCUUGAUGUGGUGACCUGUCUGGCGCGCUCGGAGUCAUACAUCGGCGGAGACUGUUACGUUCUGUCUGGCUCCAGAGACGCCACAUUACUGCUCUGGUACUGGAACGGCAAGCACAGCAGCAUCGGGGAGAACCCUGGGAAAUUCGUGACUCCUCGGACGAUCCUGACGGGUCACGAUUGUGAGGUCACGUGUGCGAGUGUGUGUGCAGAGCUGGGACUGGUCAUCAGUGGCUGCAGAGAGGGUCCGUGUCUCAUCCACUCCAUGAGCGGUGACCUGCUGAGGACUCUGGAGGGUCCAGACGGCUGUGUGCGUCCCCGUCUGGUUCUGUCCUCCACCGAGGGACACUGUGUCAUUUAUUACGACAAGGGCCACUUCUGUGUGUUCAGCAUCAAUGGAAAACUGUUGGGACAUAUGGAGGUGGAAGACCACAUAAAGGCGAUGCUGCUCAGUAAAGACGGCCAGUAUCUGCUGAGCGGAGGAGACGCAGGGGUUCUCAGCAUCUGGCAGAUUCAUGAUCUCAAACAGCUCUUCUCUUUCCCCGGAUGUGAUGCUGGAAUACGCUCCAUGGCUAUGUCACAUGACCAAAGAUGCAUCAUCACUGGGAUGGCGUCUGGGAGCAUUGUUCUCUUCUACAAUGACUUCAACAGAUGGCAUCACGAAUACCAGACUAGAUACUGACCCCGUCACACAGCACUACCAAGAGUCAUGAAUGUAUGCGAAAUAUUUAAAGAAGCAGAACUGUUUUAUAAAAAGGGCAUUGCUAUAUUUUGUAGAAUUUCUUACUAUAUGAAUCUUAGGGGAGCGGUUAUAUGCCUAAUAUUUGGAGAGAGAAUAAAUCUAUUUUUAUCUCUUGUGAACGAGACUGCUGUAGAUGCACAGCUAGCGUGUGUGGAACAGGGAGGGUGAGUUUCAUUGUUUUCUUCUCUUUUGCAGUGACAGGGUGCCUCUAAACGUCCCGUUUUGUAGUUUAAUAUCUAAUCGGCUGAAUGCAACCAUUCAAUUAUAUUCAUAGAUUAAAACAGACAGCUGUCUGCAGAUGCAUCAGGUCGCUUUAUGAACGGAAAAGUGGCGGAAUCUGAAGUUUUUUUCUUGUGUGAUCAUGUGAUGAUGUCACUUUAGAAACUGAAGGGACGGAGUCUGCAUAUGAAGGAAAAGUCAUUUAGAAAUUGUUAAUUAUCUUCAUGGUUGGUAAGAAGUCUGCUUUUCUCUCUUUUUGUUGUGUUCGUGUCUGUUCCACAUCUAUUAAGUAACCAUUUUAUCUCUUUUCCUUUUGAGGAGAUGCAAGUGAUGUUAAAAAAUAUGAAUGUCCAUUUCAAGUGUCAUCAAAUAAGUCUUUUUGACAUUUCACCAGUGCUUUUACUCUUAGUGUAUGCAGAAGGGCAGAGCAUCAUGUUAAUUCAAUAUUUCACAAUAUGUGGUUCAUAAUACAUCGGGCUCAAACGAUAACCCUAUAGAUCUCACUCAGGGCAAGCAGGGCUCUGUCAAAUUACUAAGAAGCGUUUAUUUCUUGGUUUGAGUCGACUGUGGUGUGAUUCUGACAAACGCUGUCUGAUUCCUUUGGGUUGGUUUGGUUUUUACGGUUUUGUUUCAUGUUAUAUAUCAGCUAAAUCAGAUUGAAAUGAACGUCGUAUGACGUGUGUGAUGAACUCUUAAACAAUAAAAUGGCAUUUUGUACCAAUAAAACAA